AUGGUCUAUGUGUUUAAUAUCUUCUCCUUUGCUUAUGAAGUUUGUUUGACUGUAUAUGAAAUUUUUGGCCUCCCCGGCAUUGCGCCAUCAAAGACAAAGUCGUCCUCCAACUUCUUGUCCUGCAUCGCUGCCAUCGCAGCUCUCAGCACUAAAAAGGCGGCUUCAGACUCCUCCAAAGAACAAGUGGCCAAUUCGAGGGAAUCCUCCUCGUUACCAAAAGAAGUAAACGACAGUCCGAGAGCCACCGACAAGUCUCCUGAAUCCCAGAAUCUCAUCGACGGAACCAAAAAAACAUCCCUAAAGCAACCGGAUAGUCCCAGAAACAUCUCAAGUGAGAACAGCAGCAAAGGAACCCCGGCUUCUCCCGCAGGGUCCACACCACCAAUCCCCAAAGUCCACAUAAAAACCACUAAGACGUCUUCUGGGGAAAUCAAGAGAACAGUGACCAGGGUAUUGCCAGAAGUGGAUCUUGAAUCUGGGAAGAAACCUUCCGAGCAGACGGUGUCUGUGAUGGCCUCUGUGACAUCCCUUCUGUCGUCUCCAGCAUCAGCUGCCACCCUUUCCUCUCCUGCCAGGGUGCCUCUCCAGUCUGCGGUGGUGACCAAUGCAGUUUCCUCUGCAGAGCCCACCCCUAAACAGGUCGCAAUCAAGCCUGUGGCUACUGCUUUCCUCCCAGUGUCUGCUGUGAAGACAGCAGGAUCCCAAGUCAUUAGUUUGAAGCUCGCUAACAACACCACGGUGAAAGCCACGGUUGUACCUGCUGCCUCUGUCCAGAGUGCCAGCAGCACCAUCAUUAAAGCCACCAAUGCCAUCCAGCAGCAAACUGUCAUGAUGCCAGCAUCCAGCCUGGCCAAUGCCAAACUUGUGCCAAAGACUGUGCAUCUUGCCAACCUUAACCUUCUGCCUCAGGUUGCCCAGGCCACCUCUGAACUCUGCCAAGUGUCAACCAAAACUCAGCAACAAAUAAAGAAGGCAAUAAUCAAUGCAGCAGCCUCACAAGCCCCCAAAAAGGUGUCUCGAGUCCAGGUGGUGUCGUCCUUGCAGAGUUCUGUGGUGGAAACUUUCAACAAGGUGCUGAGCAGUGUCAAUCCAGUCCCUGUUUACAUCCCAAACCUCAGUCCUCCUGCCAAUGCAGGGAUCACAUUACUGAUGCCUUGGUACAAGUGCUUGGAGUGUAGGGACUCCUUUGCACUUGAAAAGAGUCUGACCCAGCACUAUGACAGAUGGAGCGUGUGCAUCGAAGUAACAUGCAACCUUUGUACAAAGAACCUCCGUUUAUAGUUCUCUGAGAGAGUUAUAUUUUUUGGUUUCGUUUUGUGUUUUC